AAUUUUCUCUCUCGAAGGAUCGAGAUUUGAUCUGCGAAUAAUUAUAUAUCUGAGAUCCGAAACGCUUUUUGCUUCUCUGAAAUACGCUAACUCGUGUGAAGAGUCCAUGCGGUCUCAAGCUACAUUAUUUAUCCAACUAUCUCCGCUCUUCAGUGUGUAGAUACUACUUAUCUCGCGUUUAGAACUUGGCCAUCUUAAGACUCCCAGUGCGUGUCUGCAGCGAGACAACCGUUGCAUAGCUGACGCUUUUGUCCCAUAUGAGAUCGAGCAACUCAGCAGUAUGCACUGCUUUCUAUGUCUUCCGCUGGAGAUUCGUCAACGUAUUUACCGUCAUCAUUUUGUCUGGCAGAGGCCGAUUCAGCCGGGAGUCGUGAACGAGUAUCCUUCAAAUACCCUUUCCAACGUCUUCCGGUUGAGCCGAACCGUGUAUCACGAAUCAUCAAAGAUAUUCUACGGCGAGAAUGUUUUCCAUUUCCAGUCAACUGAAGGACUUUAUGCAUUUCUUUCUGAUAUACGGGAUCAACGCAAGCUAGUUCGUCGAAUAUCAUUUUACUAUCGCGGGUUCUUCUCCAAUAGCGCUUUCAAGCUUCUGAAGCAGGCAGACUACCUGAAUGAGCUUAUAAUCGACGUUCCCAGCCAAUUCGAAAACAAAACGUGCCUGCACUCACCUCCGGGGUCAUUACCAGACCAAGCAAAAGACUUCACCGCACCCUUGAUCACUACUCUUCGAGGCCUACGGUAUCUUCGCGAUCUACGAGGAGUGCGAGAUCUUACGAUCACAGGCUUAUCCAACCCCGAAAUACUGGGGAAAUGGCUUACAGACUUGAAGGACCCCCCUUUACCCGGAGGGUACAAAAGGCGAGGAUCAUUCCCAUUCAUGCAGCUUCCGCCAGAGCUCCGAUACCAAGUGUACAAGCAUCAUCUCUGUUUCGAGCACGACAUUGGUCCGUUGGUCCGCAUCCCGACUUCUAAUCUUCGAUCAGGCCGCAAUCACUGCAUUGAGUAUCGUCAAAGACCGACUCCAUCUGGACUUGCGUUACUCCAGGUAUCUCGACAGAUUCACGCGGAGGCAGUUUCGAUUUUCUACCGCUGCAACAGAUUCGUCAUGCGUGGGGAAAGCCAGUUGAGCAUUCUCACCAACAACAUUGGUGCUGUUCGCCGCGCAUAUAUUUCUGACUUGUCGAUCUACGAUCGUGAAAUCUCAUGGAGUAUUGCUCACCGUCUCAGGUCAGCGAGAGGAGAGUAUUACAACCAUUGCCAACCAACCCUAGUCCGCGUAAUCUAUGACAACCAUCUCGUGAAUUAUCCAAGCCUGAAACAUCUUCGUCUUUACUUUAAGGACCUUGGAUCUACAAUUGUGAAACUGACCAAAGAAGAGAAGAGGAAGUGGGCUUCAAGAGCUCUAGCUCGUAGCUUGACUUAUACGCUCACCAGUCAAGACCUAGCGGCUUUUGAACAGGCGGCUUUCCUGAAACUCAAUAAGAUUCAUCAUCUCAGAGGAUUGAAAACUUUUGAGAUACAUGAUCUUGACCAGGACACGAGGCACGUGGAGGUCGUGCAGAGGUACCGUUCCUGGCUGGAGAGUAAGGUUUAUUGGAAUUUCCCAGCAUGAAUCAGAGUCUGCAAAGAAAGGAUACGACCAUCACAGAUUACGACCGCAUAGUGACAUGCAUAUGGUAUAAUGUGCCAAGGCUUACCGCAUUUUACAGGGUUACAUCCCGAC